AGUACUCGAGGAAAAGAAGAUAUGGCAGUCUGAGGGGUGGCAACAAUCGGUGGGGCAGAUACUGACGAGCCCAAUUCGUUACAAAGCCCCUCUUCGAAAUGCACGUACAAAAACAUGGGCUUCAUUGAGUAUGUCCAGUAAGGGAGCCAAUUUUUUUUCGUUUUUAUAAGAUGAAAAUGCAGUCCCGGCUGCGUGCCGGUGAGGCCCUUCUGGUUUUUGCUCUGCUUACCAGUGCGGAUCUAGCGGUCGCACGGCAUGGUGCGACUGUGGUGGUGGGAGACCUUGGUCCAGCUGGAACUACUACCUUGGACGAAACGGGCGAGAAGCUCAGCUGCAUUUACAGUCGCCUCAUUUAAGCCUUGUUUAAAGCUUAUUUACACGUGGUUUUUUAAGCUUUGUUUGAACCUUAUUUAUACGUUGUUUUUUCAGCCUUGUUUAGGCCUUGUCCUAGAUGUCCUAGAGUUGAUUCACCUUCACACGAUCAUAAUGUUAUUUUUAGACUUUAGAACACUUGUUGAAAAUUAAAUUUGUGGUGCUCGUCUAACUUAUCGGGAAAAAUUAUCGCGGCAACCGAAAGGGCCGUCGAAGCUGCCUUACAAAAUUACUGAAUCCAUCAAAGACCUUCGAUCAAACCGUUGCGGUAGGAGCACAAUACUUUAAACUGAGUACACUCGUCGAUAGCAAAGUUGGUGUUUCAUUCUUUACCAUCUUGGUCUUAAUGUCAUUGGCCUUCUUUCUUAAGCUUCUCAAUUUCGAAAACAAAUACACCCUAAGAUCCCUCGAAACUAAAUGUUUUUCCGUUUCGCAAUACCUUGCUAAUAGCUAGAAGCGAGCCAGUGCCUGUUGUGAGGUCCUACUUCUACAAUACUAACCGGUUGUUUUUACUUUUUCCCUCGCCAUUCUUAAACAUCUCUAUCAGCUGAAAUACCGUCGUCCGGAGGCUCCCUGUGGAUAUAAUGCUCUCACAUUCGGACACAGUCCGCAACACAUCACUUUUACGUGUUUACCACUAUCUACAUCCCACCAGCUACAUCAUCAUUUAAGAUUCUACUCCACCCCUACUUUUUUAUUCUUUUACAGAAUCAUCGAUGGUUCCAAGCAGCCGAAGACCUGGGCAUUUGGAAUCCGCGGACGGGAACAAAACCUCACUCCAAGUCAUGGAUUGAGGCGAGGGAUUUUGCGAAAAUGAGCUGUUAUGUGGCAUGCUGAGUCUCUUUAUCUGUAUAUGGUCUUAAAGAGAACUGACAGGUUCUUUUCCUUCGACUUUAGUCCCUUCAAGCCAAAUAUGGUCUGCUGUUGCAUCGUCGUCUCUUAGAAGUUUAUGUGGCCUGCUGAUGGGCUCUUAAAAGAAUUAUUUGAUGACCAUCUCUGGAAAGUUGUAUUAACAUUGUUGUUGCGCAUUUCCGCCGUGAAUGAGUGCGUGAAGGAACGAGCUUGUUUACUGUAGACAGUUUUUCAGAGACUCAUUUCAUGAUCUCUGGAGUUUCUUCUUAAUCUUGUAAGAUUGGCACGCCGAAUAUUGUGGUUCAUGACGUUAAGUAGAGCUAAUGUUGUGAAUGACAUCACUUGCCGUUGCAUCUGUUUUAUGGCAUUGGUCGGAGUUGGGCUUGCUGUAAGUAUUUUUUAUUUUGGCACGCUCUACUGUGUUCUACUUCUAAGGUUGGGCCGUCUCAAAGAGCCUCGAGGAGGAGCUUCUGCAGAUCCAAGCAAACGCUACACAGUGGAAUAGGGUUUCAAAUACUUAAGUCUCCUUUGGUCUCUUCGGGUCUUGAGACAUGCUUUAUCUUCAACCGAUGGCAAGCCCCACUCUCUUAUCCAUAUUGACCACUUAGAAGUUCGAAAAAGCGUAUUAUCUUUACACUUCCUAUUUGGAGACGGUGGACUAAUCUUUGGUUAAAAAAGAUCACAAGGAAGGGCAACUAGUACUGCCUACAACUUGCUUCCUAUUAUUGUCGUGUUAGAACUAUCAUCGUAUUUUCCCUCACAGAAGGGCGAAUCUGAAGAAGAAACACGGAAGGACUUUGCAUCCCGCUUGUCGUUGCAACUGGCACUGACUCGCAAUUUACUUGCUGAAGUGGAGCGUGAAAACCAUGUCUUUCGUGGAAAAAAUAUUGAGGAUUUUUACCAGGCAGCGUAUGGAGAGGCGGUUGGGAAGAAGACGGUGUCCACGUUCUUCGCGGCACUCAAGACUAUGCUUUAGAUUACUCGCACACGUGGUGGGCUUGAUACGAUAGUCUUGAUAAGAAAGUAGUACUAGUAACUACUUAGAAUAAACAAUCUCUUUAUACUUGCAGCAUUUUGUUCGAUAAAGAAGGAGACGUCUAUCAAGACCUAGACCUAGUACCUUCCACCUUAUUAUAGUCAUCAAUAUUCGUCUAUUCUUUUCAUAAUAUUAAUGAUAAUACUAGUCUUCAUUGAUAAGAAUAUUAAGCUCAAGUUUACUCCUUUCAUUCCUGAAGCAAAAGAGCUGAGCGAGGGCUUGCGCGCUGGGCGUACGGAGGCGGCGCAAGAGCUGCAAGUCUCCGCGGAAUGUGCGGCCGCCGAACGCGUGCGGCAACAGGUGAUGCAACAACCAGGAGGCUCGUUCUCCGACUCUUCGCAGGAUGGAGACGUCUUUCUCUCUGGUUCUUACGCAGUAUCGCUGUUUCGGAGGAAAUAUGCGGAAGCCGUGGCGGCGCAGCUUGGAUCACAAGGCACGGCGCGCAUGGUGCAACGCCUGAUCAAAGCCUUAGGCGCUGCCCUUGGUUUAGUUGCACAGGAAGCGGAGCGGGCAAGCGAAGACGAGCGGCUUCGAGGCUGGCUCAGUAGACUCUUACUGCCUGAGCCGGCGGGACUUGCUGCAGAGGAUGCUAAUGAAACUUCCUCUAGUGUUUCCGUAGCGGAGGAGAAGAUGACUUCUAGAGGAAGUAAUGGAGACUCGUCUGCUUCUGUUGCUUUUGACUCCGUCGAACCGCCACAAGAGGUUUCCGACGAUCUGAAACCCUUGAAGGCGCGAGUUACGGCAUUGCUGGGCCAGCGGCUGGUGAAAUUGCCGCAGAAAAUUGCAGUUUUAGACAUUUUGCCGCCAACUAACACGAGUGGUCUGGACACUCUCAGCGCCGGGCGAGUGGCUAUGGAGUGGUCGGGUGCAGCGGGACGCACGACUAGAAGUUUAUGCUAUAAAUGCGGUCUUUUGCAUCCCUAUUAUAUUGAAAACACCAUCCAGGCUUUCUUUGUCUUUCUAAUGUGCAUUCAUCUCCACAAGGGUUUAGGGUUUAGGGGACUAGAUCGCAAAAAAGUUUCUCUAUAAACAAGCAGCGCUGCGGCACAAGUGUACGUGAUUAACAGCACGCUGUUGCUACAACACAACGCAACCUGGACACCAACGACUCUGGCGGAGGGCGCUGACCGUGCCGCGCGUCUGUACGUGCUGAAGACGUUCUGGCUAGUGUACAACGUCUGGCUCCGGAACCGUCCUGAACUGCAUCCGGAAAACGCACAGAGCUUUUCGCCACUUGGGCUCGUCCUGUCCGCCGCAGCGGGCGGAGGUGGUCCUGCUGCGGGAGCGCAUAGCAGCCACGAGAGUACUAGCGCUCAACGAUCUUCAGAAGACGCGGAUGUCCAAGAAGACGCCAAGUCCUGUACGAUCUACCGCGAGCUCGAAGACAAAGCGCGGCAGCUGAAGGAAGCAGGCGCUGCCUGGCUCGAGGACCAGGUGGUGAGCCCGGUGCUGUUUACUUGGUGGUCGCAAUUCGUAGCCGAAAUGUUGACACCUCAGGCUCUGGCGCAGCGCGGCAACAAGGUACCACCGCAACAAAUGAAGUGGAGUGCGGAUUUGUUCUUCCCGUUGGCAGACGCGAGCAGCGGCUCAUCGAAUCUUGUCGUGACCGGGUCCAAGGCACCAUCUUUGCGUAAAUCAACGACCUUAUCAAACAACGCGAAGUCAAGCACUGCGACUGAUAAGGAAUCUUCAAAAAUUGAUGCGGAACUUUAGGUGCGACUGUGUGCUCCAAAAAUUCUUUCUGGCUUUAUUUGGGACUUAGUGUAUCACUUUACUGACACGUGCAUCGCUACAAACAAACACUCACGACAACCGUAACAAUAUGCAACUUGUUGUCCUUCUCUGAAAAACAACGCAAAGAUGUAUCCGUUUUGCAGUUUCCAUUUUGCGUAGAAUCAGCUUUAGAUGAGGGGUGGGGCUAGCACAGCAAAUCGCUGGUGGCGAAUCGGUGACUCAAGACAGGAAACUCAAGUGUGAGAUAAGAAUACAACCUUGAUGAGAUGAAUGACAAGGCUCGGCUGAUCGUUGUGUCGGGACCUCAACAGCAUAACCGGUUUUACAAAUAUGCAACGGCGUUGAAGAAUCUGAG